AUGGCUGGUGGCGCAAAACAAAUUGCGGUCAAUCAUAUUUUGAAGUAUUGCAACCUAACUGAGACGAUCAACAUCUGUAAUGCUUGGCGAGAUACUGCUGAGGUUGACAUAAUCACACUGCUUCUGAGGCGACGGCUGCCUCUCCUCGCGCUUUUCGUCUGCGUGGCCCUGCACGGCGCACUGCCGUGGCCUACACUCCCUGGCGCUUGCGCAGAAAGAAGUGACCGUACACCACGGCAUCGUACACUGCAGUCCAGUGAAGACCGGAGCGACGCAGCUGCCGCCAACUCCGGGACCGCGUUCGCCGCCGGGGCCCGACAAAUGGAGAAACGCGCUGUGGGGACAGUUCGCCUGCACCGCAGCCUCCUUCAGAAACCGGAUGACGAGGGCGACAUCUUUCCCUUCCAGGACGUGUGCAGUCGGACCUGUCAGGAAAGCCCCUGGAGGAUUGUGGGUGUUAGCAGGAGCAUGAAAGGCCGCGCCAUCAUCGUCUACUGCCUCAAGCUGCAAAAUAGGGGCAACUGCACGGCAAGCCCGUGCUGUAGCUCGCUGGGGAUGGGAGUCGAUGCCCUGACCAUCAGCAUGGCCGCCACCGGCAAGUGCAACGUGACCAGCAUUGCAAGAGUGACAGCUGGAGGAGAUACGCUGAGUCGGUACGACAACUACCCGAUGCAGUACACAUACGGUGAUGCCGUCGAUGUUGGACUAAUGGUCACUGACCUAGCAUCCCUAGGACGUCCCGUGGAAGGGCUUGAGGUCUGCUAUGAGGCACGGCCCACCUGCACCCAAUGGUCCGACAUCUGUCGAUCUGGUGUACCGGGCUCCAGCAGCGGCUGCCGCUUCUCAGUCACACCGCAGAGCCCACGGUUUCCCAGAAUUCCCUCGGCUCCCGGUUUCCCGCCACAAGUUCCCUUGGCGCCGGAGCCACCAAGUUUCCCGGAUUCGCCGUUGCGACCGCCUUUAAGUCCAAAGGCCCCCAAGCGCCCCAAGCCCGCCACCAGAACGUCCCCAUCAUCUUCCAAAACAGCGGGCUACCAUUAG